AGAAGAGGAAGCAUCAGGGCCAGUACCUUUUCCCAGAAGUGACAGUGAACCAGCCUGGACAAGAUCGUAGCUUGACCUGCCCCAACCCACCCAGGACACGCAGCACCAGGGUUCUAGGACAUGAGUGGGGUCAUGCCAGGCCAGCAUGCCCUGCUGCUCACUCUGGUGGGACUGCUCUUCCUCGGGUCUGUCCUGCCCCAGGAGUGCACCCAGUACAAGGUCAGCACCUGCCGGGAGUGCGUGGAGUUGGGGCCUGGCUGCGCCUGGUGCCAGAAGAUGAACUUCACAGGGCUGGGGGAGCCAGACUCUGUCCGCUGUAACACCAGGCAGCAGCUGCUGAUGAAAGGCUGUCCAGCCAAUGACAUCGUGGACCCCAGGAGCCUCGCAGAGGCCCAGGACAACCUGGCAGGAGCGGGCAAGCAGCUGUCCCCACAGAGUGUGAAGCUUUACCUGAGACCAGGCCAGGCCGCCAUGUUCAAUGUGACCUUCCAGCGGGCCGAGGGCUACCCCAUCGACCUGUACUACCUGAUGGACCUCUCCUACUCCAUGCUUGACGACCUCAAGAACGUCAAGAAGCUGGGGGGCGACCUGCUCAAGGCCCUCAAUGAGAUCACCAAGUCGGGCCGCAUCGGCUUUGGCUCCUUUGUGGACAAGACGGUGUUGCCCUUUGUCAACACGCACCCCGAGAAGCUGAAGAACCCAUGCCCUGACAAGAAGGAGGCGUGCCAGCCCCCAUUUGCCUUCCGGCAUGUGCUGAAGCUGACCGACAACUCCAACCAGUUUCAGACGGAGGUCGGGAAGCAGUCUAUUUCCGGGAACCUGGACGCCCCCGAGGGUGGCCUGGACGCCAUGAUGCAGGUUGCCGCAUGCCCGGAGAAAAUUGGCUGGCGCAAUGUCACACGCCUGCUGGUAUACGCCACGGAUGACGGCUUCCACAUUGCCGGGGAUGGGAAGCUGGGUGCCAUCCUGACCCCCAACGACGGUCACUGUCACCUGGAGGACAACAUGUACAAAAGGAGCAACGAAUUUGACUACCCAUCAGUGGGCCAGCUGGCACACAAACUGGCCGAGAGCAAUAUCCAGCCCAUCUUCGCCGUGACUAAGAGAAUGGUGCCAACCUACGAAAAGCUCACAGAGAUCAUCCCCAAGUCAGCAGUCGGCGAGCUCUCUGAGGACUCCAGCAACGUGGUCCAGCUCAUCAAAGAUGCCUACAACAAACUCUCCUCCAGAGUCUUCCUGGAGCACAGCACCCUCCCUGACACCUUGAAAGUCACCUACGACUCCUUCUGCAGCAAGAAGGUCCCACAACGGGACCAGCCCAGAGGGGACUGUGAUGGCGUGCAGAUCAACGUCCCGAUCACCUUCCAGGUGAAGGUCGUGGCCACGGAGUGUAUUCAGGAGCAGUCGUUUGUGAUCCGGGCGCUGGGCUUCACGGACACGGUGACGGUGCACGUGCACCCACAGUGUGAGUGUAACUGCCGUGACGCCAGCUCCAGGCGCAGCCACUGCAGCGACAGGGGCGUCGUGGAGUGCGGCAUCUGCAGGUGCCAGCCCGGCUACAUGGGGAAGAGCUGUGAGUGCCAGACACAGGGCCGCAGCAGCCAGGAAAUGGAGGGGAGCUGCCGAAAGGAUAACAGUUCCGUUGUGUGCUCCGGGCUGGGUGAAUGUAUCUGCGGGGAGUGCGUCUGUCACAGGACUGAGGACCCCAAGAAGCGCAUCUACGGGCGCUACUGCGAGUGUGACACCUUCAACUGUGAGCGCUACGAAGGCCAGAUAUGCGGCGGAGAGAAGAGGGGGAAAUGUGAGUGUGGCAAGUGCCAAUGCUCCCCGGAGUUCGAAGGUUCGGCAUGCCAGUGCCUCAAGUCCACCAAAGGCUGCUUGAACAAGCAGAAGGCUGUGUGCAGUGGGCGCGGGCGCUGCCGCUGCAACGUGUGUGAGUGUGACCCCGGCUACCAGCCACCCCUGUGUGAAGAGUGUCCGGGCUGCCCCUCGCCCUGCAGCCGCUACGUCUCCUGUGCCGAGUGCCUGAAAUUCCUAAAGGGCCCCUUUGAGAAGAACUGCAGCAAGGAGUGCCCGGGAAUGAAGCUGUCCGAGGUACCCCUCUCUGGCUGGCUUUGCAAGGAACGAGAUUCGGAGGGCUGCUGGAUUAACUAUACAGUGGCGCGGAGGGAUGGGAGAGACAACUACCUCAUCCAGGUGAUGGAUACGCGAGAGUGCGUGGAGGGGCCGAAAGUGGCCGCCAUCGUCGGGGGCACAGUGGCAGGGAUCGUGCUGAUCGGCAUCCUCCUGCUGAGCAUCUGGAAGGCCCUGACCCACCUGAGCGACCUCAGGGAGUACAAGCGAUUCGAGAAGGAGAAGCUCAAGUCCCAGUGGAACAAUGAUAACCCCCUUUUCAAGAGUGCCACCACCACGGUCAUGAACCCCAAGUUUGCCGAGAGUUAGGGAGCACUUGAAGAAGACAACAGCCAGCAGAAACAACCAGAUGGGAGCACCUGCAAACCAAGUCUCCUCCAGCAUGGGACGGAGCCCUGCCCCACGGGACAUGGCUUACAGCUCUUGAUCAUUUCAUCAAUUAACCAAAAUUUCUCUUUGUAUUUUCUUUCCUGCCCUCGAAAUGAUAGAUAUGGCCAGGUUUUCAUACGGACUCAUCAAAAGGGACAGUCUCCCAUUCACGAUUUGUACAAUUUUUUUGAUGGAGACUUGAAAAUGGAAUCACUUAAGUCUUCUAAGGUUAGAUACAUGUUUUCUAGUUAGGUGUCUGAUGAAAGUGUGCAAAUUUAUUUAUAUUUAAAACUGAUAAAUGUGUAAAACUCCAUUCCAUUCAUCAUGAUGUUAACCAAUAGGUAUAAAGAAAAGAAAUAAACUUUCCAUGGGGUGUCCUAGAA